AUGUCAACGUCGACGGGCAAUAUAGGUGGCGGCAAGCAAAAUGUACAUCUGCCGAAAAUCUCAUUACCGGUCUUCGGGGGCAAUUAUGAAGAAUUCCCUUCUUAUAAGGAUUUGUUUUUGUCGUUGGUGCAUCAUAACGACUCCCUCAGUGAUGUGCAAAAACUUCACUAUUUAAAAACAACCGUCACUGGGGAAGCUGCAAUGCUACUAAAAAACAUCCAGAAAUUGGACCCGGAGACGCACAAGCAGUGGGAAGACUUCGCGCACAACGAUAAUAUAGACGAGUUACCUACAUGGAAAGAUUUGGAAAAAUUUUUACAAAAUAAAUUUAGAACAUUGGAAUUAGUAGCGCCAACAACAAGCAAGGUCACAAAAGAAAAGGUGCAAGUGAACACUAAAGUAACUGAUAACAGAGAGCACGCAAGUACUGCUUUGCUAGCUACAGCGACAGUUAAAAUCAUGGACGACAAUGGCCAUUAUACAAUUGUAAGAGCACUCGUAGAUACAGGUUCUCAAGCAAGUUUUGUGAGUGAACGAGCCAUCCAAUUGCUGAAAUUAAAAAGAACAAAAGUUAAUGGAACUAUAACAGGUAUUGGCUCAACACACACAAAUGUGAAACAAAGUACACAAGUAAACGUCUUAUCCACACAUGAUGAAGGAUUUAAAAUUAACAUUAAGACGUAUAUAAUACCCACUCAUCUCAUCACAAGGUUGCCAACUAAGACAAUAACGAACAACACCUGGCCGCACAUAAAAGGUCUCGUCCUGGCAGACCCAAGUUUUACACAACCGGGACGAGUAGACAUGUUGCUAGGUGUCGAUGUGUGUGCCCAAAUUAUGAAGAGUGAAAUAAUCAAGGGUCCCCCAGGUACUCCAUGCGCUCAAAAUACCAGCCUGGGUUGGAUUCUAUUUGGGACAGUACACGACAAGAUACAAGAAGAUGAGAUUAUAAGCAUGCACCUGAAUCUGGAUCUGGAUGAUAUGCUAAAGAACAUGUGGGAACAAGAAAGAAAUGAAACAAGAUUACCCACGCCUGAAGAAAGAAAAUGUGAAGAAAUAUAUAACACUACAACCACCAGAACAGAAGAAGGAAGAUAUAUCGUAAAACUGCCAACAAAAACAGAAAAACUAAAAUGUAUCGAAGGAAACACAAGAGAUAUAGCUCUGAAAAGAUUAUAUCAAUUAGAAAAACGCUUAGAGAAAGAUGAGAAAUUGAAGAAAGAAUACAUAGAAAUAAUGGAAGAAUACAAAACUUUGAAUCAUAUGGAAGAGGUACCAAAGGAAGAAAUGAAAGUUCCUGCUGUGUACCUACCUCACCACGCUGUUAUUAAAUAUGAAAAAGAAACGAGCAAAGUGAGGCCAGUAUUCAACGCAUCGCAAAAGGGAUCUAACAAAGUGUCUCUAAAUGACGAAUUACUUGUAGGCCCUCAACUACAAGAUGACAUGAGGAGCUUAAUUUUGAGAUGGCGUAUGAAAAGAGUAUGUUUUGUGGCUGAUAUACAAAAAAUGUACCGCCAGAUUCUGGUAACCAAAGAAGACAGCAAUCUACAAAGAAUUCUAUGGCGUAGUAGCCAAGACGAACCUGUAAAAGAUUAUAGACUAGGAAGAGUCACGUUUGGGACAGCUUCGGCACCAUAUCUAGCCGUCCGCACGCUACAUCAGGUUGCCACAGAUGAAGGCUAUGAACAUACCGAUGCAGCACAAGUUAUAAAACAAGACUUUUACAUGGAUGACUUAAUGUCUGGGAAGGAUAACUUACAAGAAGCCAUCAAAAUUGCAAAGGAUAUAGAUUCCAUAUUGCGAAGAGGAGGAUUUAUUAUACAAAAAUGGUGUUCGAAUAAUGCAGAAUUCCUGAAACAAUUUAAGCUAAGCCAAAGAAGCACUAAAGUAAAUCUAGAAAUACACAUAGAUGGUAGUAUAAGAGCUUUAGGAUUGAAUUGGAAUAUUGGAACGGACAAAUUCCAAUACAACCUGAACUUACCUGCGUUAACUGAUCGCAUAACGAAAAGAACAAUCCUGUCUGAUAUUCAAAGGUUGUUUGAUCCACUGGGCUGGUUAGCACCAUCAAUUUUACCGGCGAAGCUGCUUAUUCAAAAAUUGUGGUUGCAAGGUAUGGCCUGGGAUGAGAAUGUUACUGAAGAAAUAGCUCAGGAAUGGAUGGAUUUAAGAAACAGUUUUCUCAACUUACCAGGGUGGGCGGUAGACUGCGGCACGCUGCUGUGA